GUAUUUAAAUCCAAGUUGAACGACAUUUCUUCAGUCAGUCAGCAUAAAUCAACAAAAUGCUUGCCAUCACAGGAUGUCUUAUAGUUAUUCUUGCGAUUGGACAUUCAGAGGCGACUGUGUGUCACACGGACGUUGACUGUGGUUCAGGCGAGUGCUGCUACAUCCGGCCAGAAUUCCUCGUGGUCAGCAAGCGUCAGCUAACACUCGGCGGACCCAGCCUUCACUCUGAUACGGGAGUCUGUGAAGCCUAUAGGCCAGCCGGGGAUCAUUGUGACGUUUUUGAGCACGCUAACGGCCAUUGUGGGUGUACUUCCGGCUACUCGUGCCAGUGGGUCCCGGAACCGACGGUGACUGCGGGGCCGGGUGGCAAGCGGUCCAUGGUCUACCACCCGGGCCCCGGGAGCUAUAAAUGUGCACCACAAGCUACACAGAGCCCUUAAAGCAAUUGUCAGAUAUAAGUACAAAUAACAAUCGUAGGACAUAAUUUUCAACGCCUUUGAACUUUUAUCGUAUAUAUGAAAAGAGCGCUAUGCAAUCUGAUAUAUAUCAAUAAAUAAUAGUUAAAAUA